AUGGAUACCAAUAAAAAACAAAUACAAUGUGAUGUCUGUAGGAAGUCAUUUAAACAACAGGGUGCCCUUAUUAUCCAUAAGAGAAUCCAUAAUGGUGAGCGUCCUCAUAUAUGUGAUUUUUGCGGGAAAGGAUUUGCUCAAACAGGCACGCUAACAGUUCACAGGCGAUUACACAGUAAUGAAAAACCUUAUGGUUGCGAUGUUUGCCAGAGUUCAUUUAAAAACUCGAGUGCACUCUCUCGUCAUAAAAAAUCGCACACUGGAGAAAGGCCACAUGAGUGCGACAUCUGCUUGAAGAAAUUCGCUGAGAAGGGAUGCCUCAAAGUUCAUAAACGGAUACACACGAAUGAAAUGCCUUUCGAAUGCGACGUGUGUCAGAAACGAUUCCGACAAUCAGGUACUUUUAGAUAUCAUAAACAAACUCACAGCGAACAGGUGUAUGCUUGUGGUGUAUGUGAAAAAAAAUUCCAAAAUUCUGUGAGUUUGCGACGACAUCAGUUACAUUAUGAAAAAGCAGCACAUAAAUGUGAUGUGUGUAAAUGUAAAUCUUUUGCUGAUUCAGCGCAAUUUGAGCGACAUAAAAAGUCGCACUCGCAUCUCUACAAUUGUUACCAUGCGGGUCUACUGCGCAUGCCCGUCAGUGAGCACGAAGAAUCACCAAAAGUUAUUUUAAAAGAAGAUGGGGGAAAGUCGUAUCGCUAUAUCGCAUGCGAUAAAACAUCAUGUAAUGAAACCGUUUUGCAUUAUCAUAAGACGACACUUGAUGACAAUUGUCAGCAAUGCAGUCCCAAGAGUUCUGAAAAAAUUCAGCCCAAUUGUAAUUCGAAAAAUGGAUGUUCUGAUAAGGAAUCACGGACCAAAUAA